AAGCUUGGGCUCGCUUCCUCUCCAAUUCACCGGCGACGAACGAUAAUCCGAGAAUCCCAGGCGGCGAGAGUUGCAACUCCAGUGAUACGAAGAUGCUUGAAGGAGUAGAUUCACUAACAUUCCCGAUGCCGAGAGAAUCGGAGUCCGCUUUUCGACUGAGAGCUAUCGUCUCCGAUAUGCUUCCUCUCUUCUCCGACGAUUACUCCGACGACGACGUCCUUACUGUUCGUUAUCUUACUUCCUCUUUGAUUCUGUUCGUCUGCUUGUUUCAGGAGUAUAUUACGGUGAUUGUUUGUAACGGGAAGAGUCAGAGACAGGCAAGAGACUAUUUGGAGGCAUUUCUUGGGGAGAAAUCUGGCGAAUUUGUUGCCUGCUUAUGGGAGCUUCUUUUGAAGGACUUCUCUCAAGGUAAACAAGAAAAUUCCGCUUCUGAACAGAAGACUGAUGUUGACUUUGGUUCUCAUGAUGAUGAUACUCUAAUCGAACAAGGUUCAAGCGCCAGAGGUCACAAUGACUAUGACCACAAAGCUACUAAUUGGAUGAACGAAAAGCUGAUAUCAUCUACUGAAGGAGAAGACGUUGAGACUCAUGCGUCACCAAAAGUUAAAAACCUGAGGACGUUACGACAAGAGCUCAUUAAUAGCCCUUGUAAAAGAGCACAGCGUAAAGAGAAAGAUGAUUGGAACUUGGCUGGUGUUAACUACACUAGAAAGAUACUGCGUUCCGUUGUCGUUUCAGCCACUAAGCAUCCAUACCGUAGGAAUCAUGAUAAGUAUGAAAAGUCGACGGAUAAAAGGAGUGGGAAUAUACAGAAGCGCCUAAGCUUUCCAGAGAGAGAAAGGAGGCAGACGUCUUCUCAAUCUGCAAGAUCUCGCGAUGUAGCUUCGCCCCAGGAAAUGAAGCCUCAUGUUAGUGUUUGGGAUCGUUUGAGCCGACCAAGUUCUAAGCUUGUUCUUGACAAUGAAUACACCACAUUGCCCAAGUUUAGGAUUCAAUCAGAUGAAAACAAAGCGUUUCUGCAGCAUGGACCAGCGUUUCCUGCAGCGUAUAAUGAACAGCGUAGCGAGGCAUUUCAAAGAAAAGUUCCUGCAGUCGGUUACAGGCUCGGAGUUAACCAGUCCCGUAAAGCUAGGCAGCUAGAGAGUGGAGCUAUUACAUACACUGAACCUCAUAUAGCCUAUAAUCUCAACAGAAAGAGGCGUUAUGGCAUCAUCAACCCCAGCGCAGGAGAUGAUUCAGUUAGUGAACUUAACAGUGUUCUUCAGUGUAAACAAGCUAAAGAGGACGUUGAAAAGCCAAACCUGCUCUCCAAUCAGUCUGCAAAGCCAGAUAUUUUUUCGGAAAUACUGAACAUGAAACAAAAGCUGCAACAACUCGAAGUCCAGAUUAGUCAAGCGAAGCAGCUGAAGAAACAGAAAGUUGGAGAACUCAAAAGCUCACCACAAUCUGGCGAAUUGCAGAAUCAAGAAGACGUCACAGAAUCAAGAAGCAUCCAUGUUACUAACGUACACUAUGCAGCGAGGAAAGAAGCCAUAUCAAUGUUAUUCAGCAAGUGUGGAGCUGUCGAGAACGUUGAAAUUGUAACUGAUCCAGUAACUCAGCAUCCAAAAGGUGCUGCUGCUGUGACUUUUGCUACGAUGGAGUCAGUUAACAAAGCAAUAGCUCUGAGCAACACAAUGUUCUAUUCAAGACCAAUCAAGGUUUCGAGGCACGGAGUAAUGGAAGAGAGCAUAUAA